AUGGCUCUUAACAAGGCCGCCUUCUCGACUAGCUCAAUUCCGGAGGGGGUGAUCUUCUUCUUCGACGUGGAGGUCGUCGACAAGAACGUCACGUAUCAGUGCCCCAAGUGCUCUGACUAUAUGAAGAAGUUUACGACACCAAAGAAAGCUCAGUUCAACCCGCUCGGCUUUACAAGAGAAAAGUACAUCUCAGACAAGGCGUUUAGCGUUUUACGGUGGCUAGAAUGGGUCAUUAUGCGCAACAUGCCGCUGUCCGAGGUGGAUAACCCCCUGACACGCUCUUUAGCUGACCCUCCCAGAUGUUUUGGCAUUAUGAUGGACGGCUGGACCGACGUUUCCACGCACUACAUAUGCGUAAUAGCUACGUACAUGGAGAACGACACGUACAGGGAGGUCCUGCUUGGGUGUUCAACCCCGUUAAACGAGAAGCACUACACGGCGGAGGAGUACUACGAAUUGCUGGAGUUCGUCCUGUCUAUCUACGGCAAAUCCAUACCAUCACCCUCAGUCAUCAUCAACAAUUGUGCGACUAAUAAGUCGCUCGCAGAAAUGGUGGGCGUUCCACUGAUCGGCUGUGGCUGCCACAAGUUGAACUUGGCCGUAAAGACCUUGCUUGCUCGUCGACCGGUUAUGGAGAAGACUAUAGAACGGAUCGACAAGCUGGUUUCUCAAUUACGGAAUUUGAAGGUGGCUGGAGCACUUCGCCUGCUUACACCCCAUUGCCCACUCAAACGCAACGGUACUAGAUGGUCCCCUACUUACAAAAUGCUGGAGCGCUUUGUGAGCAUCGAAAACGCAGCUAAGGAGCUCGACGACAUUGACCCCAUUCGUCUUGCAGACUCGGAUCGGAUCAAAGAAGUCCUGCCGACCCUCGAGAACUUCAAAAGUAUUAUGACGGAUCUACAGAAACAAGGCCAGCACAUUGUAGUUGUUCAUGAAACCUUCCAGAUGAUAGUGGAGGACUUUCCUGAGUUUAGUGACUACCUGGCUGCUGAUGCAGAAAUUAUGCACAAUCCUCUUUUUGAGAAAGCCUGCGUCAAAAUUAUUAGUGGUAAACAAGAAUCGCUUACGGAUGGCGAAAAGGCGCAAGUAAGCCAUUUUUUACGCCAGCCAGAGCCUCAAGAACCUGCCUUGGAAAGGUCUACAGGAAGCAAACACAGUUACACCAGUCUCUUACGUGACCGAAAGCGCCAGCGGCUCACGACAAGCGAGGACUAUGUAGAUCUACGUUUCAUCUCCGGCACCUCUGCAUCUGCGGAACGGCUAUUCAGUAGCGCAAAGCACGUCUAGCGGCCGCCAAGAAAACGUUUGACGCCAGUUAACUUGCUUUUUUUUAAGCAUAACAGGCGCCUUUGGAAUGCUGACAUGGUAUCGCAGGCCAUGAAAGCACGUUCUACAACGGAGUCGUAAUUUACCAAGUACUGCAAUACAUACUGCAAGCAUCUUCGGCAUUGCAAUCCAUA